CGAGUCGGUUUCGGCUCAAAUCGCUGUGCCGCCCGUGCCUCCCGCCACCGCAUUACCUGCCAGCGAACCUUGGGCUGCACCCUGCGGCGUGGAGGCUUGCUUCCUCGGUGCGAGGAGGCAAGAGAACCUCCCUGGAUGGCGCUGGGUUGUCGAGGAUCGGCAGUGGCGCUCGAUGCCUUGCAGCGAAAGCAGGGGAAUAGAGGGCCCUGGUGGAACUUCGUCGUCGCAGUCCAAGAUUUGCUGGCCGCCAUCUCCAUUCCGCCUCGUGGGCUGCAGCCGCCAGGAUGCGCGGGGUCCCGCGCUGCAUCGAGGCCUGCGCGCUCCUCGCCGGCGCCGCGGCCCUGACGAAGCUGGAGGUCGAGGAGAAGGGCACCGGCGCGGUUGACUUGGUGGGCGCAGCCGACCUGGUAGGCUCCUCCGACCUGGUGGGCGCUGCCGACCUCGAGGGCGCGGGCUCCGCCGACUUCAGCGGCAUGGGCUCCCUCGACUUCGUCGCCAAGGGCUCCGCCAAGUACAGCUACAACCGCACCGUGCGCAUACGCCAGACGCCCGAGGAGCUGGGCUUCACCAGCGAGGGCGAUCCAGAGUUCACCGGCGAGCAGGCCCAGUUCCACCAGAACUACUGCCUCGACCUGGGGGCGAAGGGGUUCCCGCUCCCCACGUUCGACAUGCUCCAGAGGAACCAGUGGAGCGCCUCGAGCUACUUCGAGCAGCUGCAGACGAGGGGCUACGCUGAGGACGCCCUCCAGAUGACGGGCCCGCAGGAGGCGCUGCUGUCCGGCUCCUGCGCGAGGGAGAAUUUUCGCAGCGGCAAGGUGAAGCACAUUUUUGUGGGCGACUCGCAGAUGAUGGUGCUCCGCAAUGCGUUCCACCGGCUGCACAAGUGCCCCGAGGUGUGGUGGUCGAGCCAGUCCGAGAAGGCGGUCAAUCUGCGGAAGGCGUUGCAGGCGAGGCUCAAGAAGGGCAGGCUGCACUCGCUCACCGAUCAGUCGCCACUGGAGAUCCUGCCAGAGGGUUGCCAGGAAGAGGGCAUCGCGUCGUACAUCUACUGGGACGCAUGGGCACACAGGCAACUCCCAGUCGAUGACAUCAAGAAGGAAAUGGAACAACUCCAGCUGGAUCCGAAGGACGGUGGCGACACCGUGGUCGUCUGGGUCGGCUCGAAUUUCAUCAACGCGGAGCGCAGGAUGACGUCGCUCCUCGAAGUCAUCGACGAGCUCCACAGCCUCGGGGUGAAGAUGGUGUGGGAUUCGCCGACUUUCCAAGACACCGCCAUCAUGGCCGCCACGUCGACGGAGGACCACGGGAUCGACAAGCACACCAGGAUCCCCACCACCUACACGUCCAUCCAGCAGAGGAAGACUAAGGGCGAGCUGGGCUCCAACCAGUACAAGACGGAGAAGACCCUCUUCGACAGUGGCCUGGAGAUCCCGGUGACGAGGAGGUGGCAGCUCACGAACCGCUACCGGGGGCUCCAGUGCGACGGCAUGCACACGGACAUGCGCGGAAGGGACCCGCUCUUCUAUCCAGCGCCUGGCGGGCGAUGCGCCGCAUGGCGCCCUCACGGCCUGCAACCGGGUGGAGCCCUUCAACUCCGAACUGGCUGCCUGGGCGAGACGAAUCUCUGCUGCAGCCCUGCGCGGGCUAAGCAUUCGGCUCCGCCCCAUUCGGGAGUCCCGGGAGGCCGCGGCCUCGACCUGCGGAGGGCAGCCCUCGGGAGGGGAGAAAGCACACAGACACAACUCGUCGUCGAUUCCCCAGAACAUGUGGGAAAAUAGGGGCAGUGGGGGGGGAGACAGGAACCCAGAAGAUGUGUGAAGGUAUGGGGAAUCCUUUUCUUUGUGUGCAUUUUUUCGUGUGUCCCGGGGCCCCUUCAAACCCAUCGACCAUCGGCGUCGUCCUCGGGGGUUUGGGAAAUCCCGCCCCCGCACGAAAGGAGGCGGGGGCCGAGCGACUCGGCGGCGGCGGAGGGUAAGGCGACUCGUUCGGCCACGCUCUCCCUCCCCAUGGGUUCGGGGCCUCCCUGAGCCCCCGAGGGCACGAAGCGUUUCCAUUGGAAACGUCGCUUUCAGGAGUUUGGAGAUUCUGUGCCCGCCCAUCCGAGGGUGGAGGCUCCCGUUUCCCGGUCCUCUGGUUCUUAUACCUCGGAGCAAGCUUCCGGACCCGCCGAGCCUCGACCUUCGCAUGGGGGCGAAGGAUGGAAAGUCUGCAGGCCUUCGGCCCGCAGGCCUUCUGAA